CCUAUUCUCCAAUAACUCCCAUGCGUGAAUGUAAUUGGAACCCUUAAAUUCUAAUGCACUUAUGACUUUUAAAGCGCUACCACUCACGGAUGACUUUAAAUAAAAGUAAAUGAAAAAAUAAAUGAAACUAUAUGGAUGAAGCAUAACUAGGAAUAACUACAUAAUUAGUUAUUUUUAGGUGACGUGCUGGAAAUCGAACCUGUCAUCAGGUAGAGAGAGUAGGUAACUCUGUAAGACCACUUUAACCACAAUAGCAUUAGAAGGCACGUGUCAGACCAUUGAAAGCUGAUUAAAAAGCCAAUGACAAGUAACUACUCAGCAUCAAAGUAACUACGCUUGAUAAAAUAAUUAUGCAUAUUAAUCGGUGUAUUUGUCUAGACUACUCAUAAAGUUUAUAAGAGCGUCCAAUUAAGAACAACAGCGAUAGCAAAUUAUUUAAAAACUGCUACUAAUUUAAUAGUGAAUGUGUUGUGUAUUUUGUUUUGUGUCUCUUAAAGUUAAAAUAAUCAGUUAAUCAGUAUGCAAGAUGACAAAAUUGGGGAUGCCGAAAAAGUUACAUUUGAAGAAGCCCUCAGUAAAACAGGAUUCGGCGCAUACAGCUACAUGUUAACAUGCCUGGCUGGAGUGGCGAUAAUAUCGUUAGCGUGUAUCUUCUUCAGCAGCACCAUCAUUGCGCCCGUCAGCGCCUGCGACCUUCAGACCACUAGCGCUCAGCAGGGCAUGCUGGUGGCUGGGCCUAUUGUUGGGGCCAUACUGGGUGCCAUCGUAUGGGGCUACUGGGCGGACCAGCACGGCCGGAGACGCACCCUCAUCUUGUCAUUGCUCUUGGGAGCAGCAAUCAACAUGGUAUCCAGCUUGUCGGUGGACUGGGUGAUGCUGCUGGUGUUGCAGUUUAUUGCUUCUUUGAUGAUCGCAGGGCAGUACUCACUGGCAAUGACUCUUCUAAGUGAAUGUGUGCCGAUAGAUCGCCGAACCAUCGUCGUGAUGAUGGUCUCCAGUAUUUAUCUUCUGUCGCAGGGAACCAUGGCUGUUUUAGCCAUGCCAAUAAUACCGUUAAGCUUCUCCUUCUACCUGCCUUAUCUGGACAUCCAAUUCAACUCCUGGCGACUCCUGCUAGUCAUCUACUCCGUGCCCAGUGUGCUAACCGCCGUCUGGCUCUACUUCAUGCAAGAGAGCCCCAAGUUCGUGUAUUCGAAGGGGAGAGAGCAGAAGGCGUUGCAGAUUUUGAAGAUUAUUCAUGGAAUAAACAAUAGAAGAUCUCUUCAAGAAUAUCCAGUAAAAUGUCUGACUAGACGAAGGUCUCACACUGAAGGGGCGGUUACUACAGUCAACCAUAUAACACCGCUGUUUCGGAAACCUCUGCUGAAGUACACCAUCAUCAUGAACCUGCUCUUCCUAUUAGACCAACUUUCAGCCUUCAAAGUGUGGCUUCCGACAAUAGCGAAUCAUUUCAUGCAGACUUCCCACACUGGAAAUGGAACUCAUCUCACCCUGUGCGACAUCAUAGCUACCAGCGUCAAGGACUCAGAGGAUGUGAGUAUCAGCCUCCUACUAAAGAAUAUGAUAGCUUAAGCAUAAAAUACAAACAUGUUUGUGAAAUUAACCAGGGAAU